AUGGCGCCUACGGUUGCACGGCAAGAAGAUGCCUCAUGUAUAAUAUGUGUUGGCGCUAAGCGAAGCGGUCUGUUGACAUGGGCCUACUGCAUAUGCAUAUUGCCUAUGGGUGGAUACAGUAGGCAGUUACAAAUGAUAGACAUUCUUGCACCAACAUGUCAAAGCCUGUUUUCCUUCCCAUACAUACAUUCUUCGAAGUUUCAGCGCCUACCAAACACUAAGAGGCGUACCCUCGAUAUGGCUGAUGAAUUAACAACACAAACUCAACGACUGAUUGCGCAUGAAUGCGCAAGAAUCAUAGCAAAAAUGAUGCGGGUGUUUCUUUUCACCCCUGCUCUCGCUGCGAGCGUCGCAGCAGAUGAUGGAGACGACUUCGUCAAUAAUCUGUUCUCAGAUCUAGCACCAUUGCUCGCCCUAUUCGGAGAGAGGGUUACUAUGCAGUUUAUGAGUCAAUCACUAGGCUGGGCUGACAAUAUUGUCCUGGCCAUGAACGGUCAUUAUGUCGUGAGAUGUAUAGGGUCGGCUCCAGUGGCAAAUUGUAUUUGCUUACUACCUGAGUCUGGGGUGAAUGAUGGUGUUCACGUGGAGGUCAUGCCUUUCCAUAAGGUCAAGAAUCAAUAUUUUGCUGAGAACGAAUCCCCAAGAAAUCUCCUCCGCAAGGCAAUGUCGUUAAAUUCAUCGACUUCCGCGGAACAAGACAAGGAGAAAUUAUCACACUCAAAAAACACAGCGAAGUCACGCAUCAUUAUCACACGGAACCCGCGGAAGAGCUCGCCAAAGAUCACACUCAACUCUCAUAACAUCACAAGCAGAACUGAACUACGCAUAGCAGCAGUGUGGGGCGUUAUGCUCCAGCUAGGACUCAUUGCAUACGCCGGAUGUUCCGUACAUUACCCAUCACUAGGUUUUCUCAAGGAUGGAGAGCCGGUCGCCCAGUAUGCGUUCCCAUGCCAUUGGGCGGGGACGCUUCUGCUGGUUGUUGGUCUUCUCCUUGGCGGCCACGUUGUCGAGAGUAGCACUAUCGAAGAGGUAUUUCGGCCCUCUCGUAAAUUGACGGCGCAAUUGGUCUGGCUACAGCAAACCAAAACCGUCAGUGAUCAGGUAUUUGACUCAUUCGCAAUCUAUGCGAAAACCCAACUGUCUUUCAUAACAACAUCGGAACGGAGGCGCGAUGAGAGAAAGCCUCCAGCGCCUUCCUUGAAUCAGGAAGUCAUGCUAGCAAUCACUCCCGUGAACGAGAAACUUGGGAUCUCCAUCGAAAUGGAAACUAGCAUUGGAACAGUCGUCAGUCUGUGUGGAUACAUCGUCCAGUUCUGUGGCAUGCGUGGGCUACACUGGUCAGUAUCGAUUGCACAGCUCGGCGCUAUCCUCCUGAUGGCUGCUUUAAGGGCCUGGACAUUCCGAAUAGCCGGUGAAUACCAUCAUGAGAGGCUGCAGCACUGGCAGCAGGCGGGAAGUAUCUACUUGUGGCUGUUCCGCAUCGCCGGGACAUUCCCGUUGGACGAUGACCUACCCACUUUAGCUACAGUCAUUAUUGUGGAUUUCCUGAGGCAAGUUUACUCGGCUUUAGACUUGACUGGAAGACAAAGACAGAUGUGGGACAAAUCUAACUCACUGGUUGACCUGUCGCUCGCAUGGGCUAGGGACGACAGUAAGAGAGAGAUUCGGUCCAGAUCACUUGAAUCACUCGAAGUUGCAUCAACUUUUGGAGACAACAACGGUUACAGCAGAACUAAUGCCAGGUAUCAUGAGAAGUUCCGCUAUACAAACUUGCACGAAGUAGCCCUGACUCGAAACCGAAGACGUAUCGAAGACGCGUUCUAUCGUGGAGAAGAUGUUAACGUAAAAGACAUCCUUGGUUGGACGCCGCUGCAUUACGGGGCGCGUAGACACUGUUUCGUUAAGAACUUGAUAUUUUUAUAUGAAGCAGAUGUCAACGCGCGAGACUUGGUUGAGUGGACACCGUUGCAUUAUGCUUGCAAUUUUGAAGGAAGGCCAGAUGAUGGUUCUACAGAAAGGCACGAAACCAUCGGGAGCAGUUCCUAUGACAACAUCUGGGCGUUCUUAGCGGGAGGCGCGCACAUCGACGCGCAAGGUAGAGAUGACGUCGCACCGAUACAUUGUGCCGCGAUCGCAGGGUUUUUGGAGGCAGUCAAGUUAUUGACAAAGACGGGCGCAGACAUCAAUGUCCGUGAUGCUUCAGGUAAAACAGCCCUUCACUGGGCUGCAUUCCAUGGGAACCAAACCAUUGUUGAAUAUCUGUGGAAAAUCGCGAACAGAACAUUGCGAGAUAGGGAAGGAAGAACGGAUUUGCACCUGGCAGUGAAAUGGAAGACAGCAACAUGGCUUGUCAACAAUGAUGCUGACGUUAUGGCUAGGGACCGGCUCAUGAGGAUUCCUUUGCAUCAAGCUGCUUGGGCUGCAAAACUCGAUGUUGUACAAUUGAUGUACGAGGAGAAUCCCACUGCUAUGAACACUUCAGACUGUUUUAAUCUAACACCGCUGUACUGCGCGGUCCAAAAUGGGCAAGAAGCAGUUGUCCAAUGGCUUCUCGAACAUACCAGGGCCGAAGUAAACCACAUAUUGCAAGGAAACUCGCUCGUGCUCUCAGCUAUCAGAGAGAGUCACGCGGAUGUCGUUGAAAUUCUGAUCAAGCACGGCGCCAACGUAACGAGCAGGAGUAGGUAUGGGAGGAGCCUACUACAUGAGUCGAUUCUUUACGGGAAUGAAGAAAUCACUGAGAUGCUUCUGAAAGCAGGAGCAAGAAAUGGGUUUGAUGAUGAUGUUAAUUCAGUCAUCAAAAUGACGAAGGGGAAUGAGAAACAACGGGUUUCCAGGAGUCUACUUGAGAAGUACGAUGUAAAUUUGGGUGAAAAUUAG